AUGGAGGUGAAGACGUCACUUCUGGACAACAUGAUUGGGGUUGGCGAUAUGGUCCUCCUAGAACCCCUCUCUGAAGACUCGUUUCUGGAGAACCUGAAGAACCGCUUUGACCACAAUGAGAUUUAUACAUACAUUGGCAGCGUGGUGAUCUCCCUGAACCCUUACAGGUCCCUGCCCAUCUACACGCCAGACAAAGUGGAGGAGUAUCGAAACAGGAACUUCUAUGAACUUAGUCCCCACAUCUACGCUUUGGCAGAUGAGGCCUACCGCUCACUGAGGGACCAAGACAAGGACCAGUGCAUCCUUAUCACGGGAGAAAGUGGAGCCGGGAAAACCGAGGCCAGUAAGCUGGUGAUGUCGUAUGUGGCAGCGGUGUGUGGGAAGGGCCAGGAGGUGAAUAAGGUCAAGGAACAGCUGCUACAGUCCAAUCCAGUGCUGGAGGCUUUCGGAAACGCCAAGACGGUACGAAACGACAACUCCUCAAGAUUUGGAAAAUACAUGGACAUCGAGUUCGACUUCAAAGGAGAUCCACUGGGAGGGGUGAUCAGCAACUAUCUUCUGGAGAAGUCGCGUGUGGUGAAACAGCCGAGAGGAGAGAGAAACUUCCACGUCUUUUAUCAGCUCCUGUCCGGAGCCUCAGACGACACACUCAAGAAGCUCAAGCUUGACCGCGACUUCAGCAAAUACAACUAUCUGAGUCUGGACUCGGCCGCAGUCAGUGGGCUGGACGAUGCAGCCAACUUCAGGACGGUCCGAAACGCCAUGCAGAUCGUGGGCUUCAUGGAGGACGAGAUGCAGUCGGUGCUGGAGCUGGUGGCCGCCGUGCUGAAGCUGGGCAACAUUGAGUUCAAGCCCGAGUCGCGCUGCAACGGCAUCGACGAGAGCCGCAUCAAAGACAAAAAUGAUUUGAAGGAGAUGUGCGAGCUGCUGGGGAUCGAACAGUCGGUGCUGGAGAGAGCCUUCAGCUACCGAACAGUCGAGGCCAAGAUGGAGAAAGUCUCCACCACCCUGAAUGUGGCACAGGCCUACAACGCCCGCGAUGCCCUGGCCAAAAAUCUCUAUAGCCGUCUGUUCAGCUGGUUAGUUACCAGGAUUAAUGAGAGCAUAAAAGCUCAAGCUAAAACCCGCCACAAAGUCAUGGGUGUGCUGGACAUCUAUGGUUUUGAGAUAUUUGAGGACAACAGCUUUGAGCAGUUCAUUAUCAACUACUGCAACGAAAAACUGCAGCAGAUCUUCAUCGAGCUGACCCUGCGUGAGGAGCAGGAGGAGUAUGUCAGAGAGGGCAUCGAGUGGACCAACAUUGAGUAUUUCAAUAAUGCCGUCAUCUGCGACCUCAUCGAGAAUAAUCAAAACGGCAUCAUGGCCAUGUUGGACGAGGAGUGCCUGAGGCCGGGGACAGUCACCGAUGAGACUUUCUUGGACAAACUGAACACCAUCUGUGCCGAACAUCAGCACUUUGAGAGCCGCCUGAGCAAAAAUUCCAAAUUCCUCAAUGACCACAGUCUGCCACACAACUGCUUCCGCAUCCAGCACUACGCCGGCAAGGUGCUGUACCGCGUUGAAGGCUUUGUUGACAAGAACAAUGAUCUCCUGUACCGGGACCUGUCACAGGCCAUGUACAAGGCCAACCACAGCCUCAUCAAACAGUUGUUCCCUGAAGGCAAUCCGGCCAAAGUCAACCUAAAGAGGCCGCCGACAGCUGGAUUCCAGUUCAAAGCAUCUGUGGGCACGCUGAUGGGUAACCUGCAGACCAAAAACCCAAACUACAUCCGGUGUAUCAAGCCAAAUGACAAGAAGGCGUCCCACAUCUUUACUGAAUCUCUGGUCCGCCAUCAGGUGCGCUACCUGGGCCUGAUGGAGAACGUCCGCGUGAGGAGAGCGGGCUAUGCCUUCCGCCAAGCUUACGAGCCCUGCCUCGAGCGCUACAAAAUGCUUUGCAAAAAGACCUGGCCACACUGGAGGGGACCCGCUAGGGAAGGAGUGGAGGUGCUGGUGGCUGACCUCCAGGUUCCAGCCGAGGAGUACUCUUACGGGCGUUCCAAGAUCUUCAUCAGGAACCCAAGAACGCUCUUCUUCCUGGAGGAGAGGAGGAGGCAGUGCCUGCAAGACCUGGCCACACUCAUCCAGAAGAUCUACCGAGGCUGGAAGUGCCGCAGCCGCUUCCUGCUGCUGAAACAGAGCCAGAUAGUGGUGGCGGCGUGGUACCGCCGAUAUGCUCAAGAAAAGAAGUACCAGCAGAUCAAGAAGGCCACGACCGUGGUGCAGUCCUACACCAGAGGGUGGCAGGCGCGCAAACUUCUGAGAGAGCUGAAAUAUCAGAAGAGAUGUGAGGAGGCGGUGACCACCAUCACAGCCUACUGGCACGGAACACAGGCUCGGAUGGAGCUGAGACGUCUAAAACAAGAAGUGCGGAAUAAACAUGCCGUGACAGUUAUUUGGGCAUACUGGCAGGGAACCAAGGCUCGGAGAGAGCUGCGUCAGCUGAAGGAGGAGGCGAGGAAUAAACAUGCCGUGUCGGUCAUUUGGGCCGGCUGGCAGGGCACCAAGGCUCGCAGGGAGCUCAGGAGACUGAAGGAAGAGGCCCGGCGUAAGCAUGCUGUCGCUGUGAUUUGGGCCUACUGGCAGGGACUGAAGGUUCGCCGAGAGUACAGAAAAUUCUUCAGGGCCAACGCGGGCAAGAAGAUAUAUGACUUCACCAUCCAGAGAAUUAUGCAGAAAUAUUUCCUCGGUCUGAAGAGCAACAUGCCCUCCAUGUCACCAAUUGACAAGAGCUGGCCAACCAGGCCUUACACCUUCUUGGAGGGAGUCCACAGUGAGCUCCGAAGGAUCUUUCACCUCUGGAGGUGCAAGAAAUACAGGAGCCAAUUCUCAGAGGAGAAGAAGAUGAUCUAUCAAGAGAAGCUGGAGGCGAGUGAGCUCUUCAAGGAUAAAAAGGCUCUCUACCCAAGCAGCGUAAGUCAGCCUUUUAAAGGCGACUACUUGGAGAUCAGCAAAAAUCCUAAAUAUCAGAAGCUCAGCAGUGCCGUGGAGGACAAGAUUCUGCUGUCUGAUGUGGUCAACAAGAUUAACAGGGCUAAUGGAAAGUCCUCAGCCCGGAUCUUCCUGCUAACUAAGAAGAAUGUCAUCCUGGCUGACCAGAAAACUGGCCAGCUGAAGGCCAGCGUCCCACUGCCAGACCUUGCCAGUGUGUCGGUCAGCACGCAAAGCGAUGGCUUCUUUGCCCUCAGACUCAAAGAGGGGUCAACAUCUGCCAUCAAAGGCGACUUCUUGCUCAGCAGCGAGCACCUGAUUGAAAUAAUCACCAAGCUGCACCGCAUCGGGGCCACGGCUGCAGACAGGGAGCAGCUCUACAUCGACAUCUCAGACGAGUUUCUGGUGCAGUUCAAGCAGGACAAGGUCUGCGUGAAAUUCAUCCAGGGGGGUCCAAAGAACGGCAACGGCGUGUCCUGCAAGCGCAAAAACAAUCGCCUCCUGGAGGUGUCGGUACCCACAACACCAUAGUCCUCUCCGCUCCUGUUAUUGAUCACCACUGCUCGUUCUGGUGGGAAGCGGCCUGACACCAGACGCCAAAACUCUGGAUCGGAAAAAUCUCCACGCCAGGACCCACCCUGAGUCCACACACGUGCUGUUAUUCGACCCCGUUGUGUUGAUCUCCUCAAGUCUUUUAUCAGUUACUGCAACACAGCUAUAGUUCAAACCAUGUGCCACUUUCUUUAGGCAGAGAAAGCCCCUAGGCGGGUUGCAUGCCACAGAGAUUCGGUGCAAAGAGUUGAUUUGACUUUUGCAUACCAGUGGUGAGAUUGCUAAUGAUUGUUCUGACUGUAUAGUAAAUAAGCUUUCAGAGAAAAUGUAAAGUUUUUUUUUUUUUUUUUUUCUUUUUGACAAGCUCCAGCAUCAGCUAGUCUAGACUCAUCUGCUCUUAAGCAGCUCUGACUUCACUAAGAAGGCUUAAAAUUUGAGAUGAACCAUGACACAAGAUUUGGGCUUCGAGCCUGUCAGAUUUUUCUUCUCUGGAAACCUUUAAUACUGCACUUGAUUUCACCUUUGCGUAUGACCUGAAAAAUAAAAUUGAUUGUAUGUUAUAUUAUUGGUGGAAGCGGAGGGCAGAUGGGAGACGUGAAAUGUUUUUUAGAAAAUUGUGGAACAUUUGUAUCCGUUAUGUGCCAAUGAACGGGUCUCAAGACUUGUCAUGUGUUGGUGCACAAAUACAAACCAUGAUGUCAACAAAAAAAAAAGAUCAGUAAUGACAAUGAUGCCAAAAAAAUUCAAAACCUGUGAAUAGGGACUCUUAAGCUUUUGGCCACUGUUUGUAUUUUUUGGAUUGCACUGAACAUGUGAUAAAUUCCAUUUCCUCUUCAUAGUACUGAUUGUAAUAAAUGCCAAGCAUUACUCCACCUGCAGAGUAAUUUUUAACCUGAAUUCACAGACUUUCAUGUUUGCAUUACAGAAGAAAAUAUACUGACAAAGGCAUUAGACCAAACACAGGAAACCAAGUUACCCACAAUAUUUUAUUGGAGUCAAAAUUUCCUCGGACCACAAAUCAAACCCUUUGAAAAUGAUAUUUUGUGUGCAAUAUUGUCUGUUGUUCUUUCUUGGAAGGCGGUGGUGAGGAACCAACAGCGUUUGCCCCUCCUGUGCCAUACGCUGUACAUAGGCUCUGUAAGCUGUAGUCAUGACAUGAACAAUGGCUUGUUCAGCAUCCUAGCUUUAAUAGCUGCUUUUGUGAAUUUGCUGUCUUUGUUUUUUUUUCCUUUUUGGGCACU